AUGUCUUACAGGCUUACUCCCAACAUUUUGGUUACUGGAACACCAGGCUGUGGGAAAACUACUACAAGUGAACUUUUGAGUAGACAUCUGAAAGAUAGCCGAUACUACAACAUAAGUGAUUUUGCUAGAGACAAUAAGUGCUACGAGGGGUUUGACGACGCAAGAAAAUCGCAUAUUGUGGACGAGGACAAGCUUUUGGACCAUUUGGAACCUCUGUUGCGGAAAGGAGGAGCGAUUGUAGACUGGCACGUUAAUGACAUCUUCCCUGAGAGACUGAUAGACUUGGUGGUUGUUUUGAGGUGUGACAACUCUGUGCUGUACGAUAGACUGGCCGCACGGGGCUACCACGAAGCCAAGUUGCAGGAAAACAUCGAUGCUGAGAUUAUGGGUGUGGUGAUGCAGGACGCUGUGGACUCGUACGCCGCGGAAAUAGUGGUGGAGCUGCAAAGCAACUCGACAGAAGAUAUGGAGCAGAAUGUGGAUCGGGUUGUUAUGUGGACCGACGCGUGGCUGAAGCAGCAUCCCAAAGGCGUGACAAACGAGAGGGACGACAAAGGAGAGGACGAAGACGAGGACGGAUCCGGGAGUGACGGCGCAGAAGAGGAAGAAGAGGCCAUUGAGGGUGACAGCGAUGAUAAUUAG